AUGGUGAAGUUCACAAAGCAAUUCGAGGGGCAGCUUGUGCCCGAAUGGAAAGAUGCUUUCGUCGAUUACUCUCAGCUCAAGAAAGACCUCAAGAAAAUCCAUUUGUUUACCAAUGGAGUUGAGAAGAAGCACACAGAAACUUCUCUCAUCAAAACCAUUAAGUCCUCUUUAGGAAAGCUUUCCCGUUUCGGCAACAAGGAGAGGGAACGACGCGCUAUCCAAGUACAUACAAAGCUUGCUUCUUCUGUAAGUAACAGUGACGUGUAUGAGACGGAACUUCUGGAGAAGAUUGCUGAUGAUACGGAUGCUGCGAAAGAGUUCUUCGCGUGUCUCGACACACAGCUUAACAAAGUGAAUCAGUUCUACAAGACAAAGGAGAAAGAGUUCUUGGAGAGAGGAGAGUGCUUGAAGAAGCAAAUGGAGAUACUCAUUGAGCUCAAAGAUGCUUUCAAACAAAAGGAAGCCAAUGGAGAGUCUACUCAAGAAUCAAAAGAAGACGAUUCCAUAUCAUGCACCAUCUCAUGCGAGGAAGACUCUGUUAGGAGCAGAACAGAACAAAUGCAACUUCAGGAAUCUUGCUUAGAGGAUUUGGAGAACAAUGAAGCAGAAGCAUUGGAAUCUCCGAGAUCAGAAGAACCGAUCAAAACCAACAACGAGGACUCGAAACUAAGGACGGUUUCUGGUCGGGUUUUCAGCUGUCAGGGGAAGAAUGUCAAGAUAAAGAUUCCAUUGACCAAUCCUUCUCGUACAUUCUCAGCUAUCAGUUACUUAAUCAAAGAAGAUUUGAUAAACCAAACUUCAUCGAAGAAAUGUGGUCCAGAUGGAGGAAAUCAGCUCCGAAUCAGCAAGAAAAAACUAAGUCACGCCGAGAAGAUGAUAAAAGGAGCUUUAACAGAACUCUACAAAGGGUUAAAUUAUCUCAAAACUUACAGAAACUUGAACAUGUUAGCCUUCAUGAACAUUCUCAAAAAAUUCGAUAAGGUAACUGGAAAACAAAUCCUUCCAAUAUAUCUCAAAGUGGUGGAAAGUUCUUACUUCAACAGUUCAGACAAGGUGAUAAAUCUAUCAGACGAAGUUGAGGAAUGGUUCAUCAAGCACUUCGCUGGAGAAAAUCGCAGAAAGGCGAUGAAAUAUCUGAAACCGCACCACCGUAAAGAGUCUCACUCUGUCACUUUCUUCAUUGGUCUUUUCACAGGUUGCUUUGUUGCUCUUCUUGCUGGCUACAUCAUUGUGGCUCAUCUUACUGGAAUGUAUAGACAACACUCUGAGAACACUUUCUACAUGGAAACUGCGUAUCCGGUACUUAGCAUGUUUGGACUCUUGUUUCUGCACUUAUUCUUAUACGGUUGCAACAUAUUUAUGUGGCGAAAAGCGAGGAUAAACUAUAGUUUCAUCUUCGAACUUGGUUCGGAAAAUGAGCUCAAGUAUAGAGAUGUUUUCUUGAUAUGUACUGCUUCAAUGUCGGCGAUAGCCGGUGUUCUGUUUGUUCAUCUCUCACUUUUCGCAAAAGGUUACUCCUUUCGACAAGUCCAAGUGAUCCCUGGCCUUCUAUUACUGGUCUUCUUGUUAAUACUAAUUUGUCCCUUGAACAUUUUCUACAAACCGAGUCGCUACAGGCUUAUAUCAGUCAUCAGAAACAUAAUUCUUUCGCCUCUUUACAAAGUCGUGAUGCUCGAUUUCUUCAUGGCUGAUCAACUUUGCAGCCAGGUACCAAUGUUAAGGAACCUAGAAUACAUUGCCUGCUACUAUAUAACCGGCAGCUACGCAACACAAGACUAUGGAUAUUGCAUGAGAGUCAAGUACUACAGAGAUCUCGCCUAUGCAGUUUCCUUCCUCCCAUACUACUGGAGAGCGAUGCAGUGUGCAAGGAGGUGGUUUGACGAAGGAGAAAUAAGCCACUUAGUGAACCUAGGGAAGUACGUGUCAGCGAUGUUAGCCGCUGGAACAAAAGUGGCUUACGAGAAAGAGAGGAGCAUUGGUUGGCUAUGCCUUGUAGUGGCUAUGUCAAGUAUAGCCACAGUUUACCAAUUGUAUUGGGACUUUGUAAGAGAUUGGGGUUUACUUCAACAAAAUUCCAACAACCCUUGGCUUAGGAACCAACUCAUGCUUCGCCAAAAAUCCAUUUACUACUUCUCUAUGGUUCUAAAUCUUGUUCUGAGAUUGGCAUGGCUACAAACAGUGUUACACUCAAGUUUUGAGCAUGUGGAUUACAGAGUGACAGGUUUGUUCUUGGCUGCACUUGAAGUGAUCAGGAGAGGACAAUGGAACUUUUACCGAUUGGAGAAUGAGCAUCUAAAUAAUGCAGGGAAGUUUCGAGCUGUGAAGACAGUGCCACUUCCUUUCAGAGAAGUUGAUGAAGAAGACUGA